UACAGUAUCCCUCCCGUCUCAGAUACUGACACUCGUCGCAGCAGUCUUGUUGAAUUGUACAUUAAAUUUUUUUUUUGGCAGGUAAUAGUGAUGGCUGGCAUGGCAGCACCAAAGCGGCAGGACACCCGGAAAUAUUUCGAGAAUCUGUCCGGUGCUGGUAAAUCCAUCGCUGUGCUGACCAGCGGAGGAGAUGCCCAAGGUAUGAAUGGGGCGGUCCGGGCCGUCGUCCGUAUGGGCAUCUACGUGGGAGCAAAGGUCUACUUCAUCCACGAGGGGUAUCAGGGGAUGGUGGACGGUGGAGACAACAUCAGAGAAGCGACAUGGGAAAGUGUCUCCAGCAUGUUGCAAGUGGGUGGCACAGUCAUCGGCAGCGCCCGCUGUAAAGACUUUCGUAACCAUGAGGGCCGCUUGAAAGCAGCACACAACCUUGUGCAGCGCAGUAUCACCAACCUGUGUGUGAUUGGUGGAGACGGGAGUCUGACCGGAGCCAACCUUUUCAGAGAGGAGUGGAGUGGCCUGUUAGAUGAGCUCCUCCAGCAAGGUCUGAUCGAUGAGGAAGCAGCCCGCAGUAACUCGGAGCUCCACAUUGUUGGAAUGGUCGGCUCCAUCGACAAUGACUUCUGCGGCACUGACAUGACCAUCGGCACCGACUCUGCACUGCACAGGAUCAUCGAGGUGGUGGACGCCAUCAUGACCACGGCUCAGAGCCACCAGAGGACAUUUGUGCUGGAGGUCAUGGGCAGGCACUGUGGAUACUUGGCCCUGGUGAGUGCCCUGGCAUGUGGAGCAGAUUGGGUUUUUAUCCCAGAAAUGCCUCCUGAAGAUGGCUGGGAAGACAACAUGUGUCAGAAAUUAUCUGAGAGCCGAUCUCGAGGUUCCAGGUUGAACAUUAUCAUAGUUGCUGAAGGAGCCAUUGACAGACAAGGAGAACCCAUUACCUCCGUUUUUGUGAAGGAUCUGGUGGUACGCUGCCUGGGUUUUGACACCAGGGUCACCAUCUUGGGCCAUGUGCAGAGAGGUGGGACCCCCUCUGCCUUUGACAGGAUUCUGGCCAGUCGUAUGGGCGUGGAGGCAGUGCUGGCAUUAUUGGAGGCCUCUGCCAACACCCCGGCCUGCGUUGUGUCUCUGGUUGGCAACCAGGCUGUUCGACUACCACUUAUGGAGUGUGUUCAGAUGACCCAAGAGGUACAGAAGGCCAUGGAUGAGAAGAAAUUUGAAGAGGCAGUGAGACUGCGUGGCAGGAGCUUUGAAAACAAUCUGAGCACCUACAGACUCCUCUCCUACCGGAAAGCAGAUUCUGAGCUUCCAAAUAGCAACUUUAAUGUCGCAGUGUUGAACGUUGGCGCGCCGGCUGCAGGCAUGAACGCCGCUGUGCGUUCUGCUGUCAGAGUGGGAAUCACAGAAGGCCACAAGAUGUUUGCUGUCAGCGACGGCUUCGAGGGAUUCUCCAAGGGACAGAUCAAGGAGAUCAAAUGGGGAGAUGUGGGUGGCUGGACAGGCCAAGGAGGGUCCCUGCUAGGGACAAAACGAACUCUUCCGGGCAAACAUCUGGAAAAGAUUGCUGAGCAGAUUAGGAUCCAUAACAUCAACGCCCUGCUUGUCAUCGGAGGAUUUGAGGCCUACGUGGGAUUACUGGAACUUUCUGCUGCACGGGACAAAUAUAACGAGUUCUGUGUGCCCAUGGUUAUGGUCCCCGCCACAGUCUCCAACAAUAUACCUGGUUCAGACCUCAGCAUUGGCUCAGACACUGCUCUGAAUGCCAUUACUGACACGUGUGAUCGCAUCAAGCAAUCAGCCAGCGGCACAAAGCGGCGGGUCUUCAUCAUUGAGACCAUGGGGGGCUACUGUGGCUAUCUGGCCACUGUGGGCGGUCUUGCUGCAGGCGCCGACACGGUCUACAUCUACGAGGAGCCGUUCGACAUCCGGGACCUGCAGGCCAACGUGGAGCAUCUGACGGAGAAGAUGAAGACGUCCAUCCAGAGAGGCUUAGUGCUCAGAAAUGAGAACUGCAAUGAGAACUUCACCACUGACUUCAUCUACCAGCUGUACUCUGAGGAGGGACGAGGAGUCUUUGACUGUAGGAAGAACAUCCUCGGUCAUAUGCAGCAGGGAGGAGCUCCAUCACCAUUUGAUAGAAACUUUGGCACCAAAGUUGCUGCUAAAGCCAUACAGUGGAUCACACGGACGCUGAAGGAGUCUUACAAAGGAGGGCGAGUGUUUGCUAACUCCGAGGACACAGCCUGCCUGUUGGGGAUGCGUCGCAGAGCUCUGGUCUUUCAGCCUGUGGCCCAGCUCCGGGACGAGACUGACUUUGUGCACAGGAUCCCUAAGGAGCAGUGGUGGCUGAAGCUCCGUCCACUGAUGAAAAUCCUGGCCAAGUACAAGACCAGUUACGACGUGUCCGACUCCGGCCAGCUGGAGCACGUGACCCGGGUCCGACCCAGAGAGAGCAACACCUCCGCAACCAUCUGAACCAAUGCACUGCUGCCGGAGGAGAGCUUCACUCCAACAAGGAAACGGCUUCACAAAGCACAGUGACAGCUACUCACACAAUGACUGAUCGACUGCAAAUAAAUUAAGAUAGAUAGUAGAUUUUAAAAAUAUAGUAGGUAAAAGUCAUGGAACUUUUCAGAAGGGAUCUUCUAUAUUUUAGAUGACAGAAUUCAGUCAUUUGGAUUAAAGCUCUUUACUUUGUUUCAAGAUAGCAGAACGGACGUAUUUUCUAGAUCCCCAAAGUUAUUAUAGACUUUAAUAUAUAUAUGCACUCCUGAUUACGUACUGUAUACGUAUUCACGUUUUAGUCCUGAAGAUGUAGUUAGUUGUUUUUUUAAAGCUACCUAGCUGAGCAAACAUUUGUGUUGUGUAAACACAGUGAGGCUGAGGUGGGCGAUCAAAGUCUAGCUUUUGUUAUUUUAAUUAUUUUCUACAGCCCCCAAAUUAAUGUAAUCCCCUAAAGCUGCUGAUAAAGAGAAUAUAUGCCAAGAGGAUCACAUGCUUUCAGUCCAAAGUCUGUUCACACCUUGAGAACCGUCUACCAUCUUGAUUGUAAAAUGCGACCUACUGGAGGUGUAGUGAGCCGAGCUGGCCGUGUCCUAUCACCUGCUAAUUGUUUGUGUGUGCGUGUGUGUGUGUGUUGUGACGUUGCCUUUGUAUCCACCCUGAGCUUUGUGUGGCAUCGUAUAGUGGUACUUGUGAGUAGGUCCUUCUGUGUCUGUAAAUUUGGCAGUGAAGCAGAGGAUGUCUGAAACUUGUCCGCAACAUUAACUUUAUGUGCUGACAGUGUGAUGAGUGUCCUGUGAGAGUAAUAAACCAUUUAUUGUGUGGAAAGUUA